AGCACAACCAUGAUAAAAUACUAUAGUUUCGCACUUUUCUUCUUCCUUAUCUUUAUUGAAGCUGUAGCUUCUACUUCUUUUGCUGAAGCUAAUGCUUUGCUGAAAUGGAAAGCCAGUUUUAUAAAUCAUAACAACUUGAUACUAAAAUCAUGGAAUCUUGAUACUAAGGAUUCCGCCAAUCUUUCUAGCGGUCCAAAAUCAAGUUCCAGUCCAUGCAAUUGGUUUGGAGUUUCUUGUAUCAACGGAAGUGUCAAUAGGCUGAACCUCACAAAUGCAAGCAUUCAAGCCUUCUUCUAUGAGUUCCCGUUCUCAUCUUUCCCAAAUCUUGCUUAUAUAGAUCUCUCACUCAACCGCCUCUUUGGCAUCAUUCCACCUCAAAUUGGUAAAUUCUCCAAACUUGUCUAUCUUGGUUUAUCAACCAAUCAGCUUAUAGGAACUAUCCCAGCACAAAUAGGAAAGCUCUCAAAACUCAACUAUCUUGAUUUAUCAACCAAUCAGUUUACAGGUCAAAUUCCAGCUUCGUUGAGUGGAUUAACUAGUUUAAGAACUCUGUAUCUCCAUAUUAAUCAACAUUCUGGUCCCAUUCCUCCUGAGUUGGGGAAGUUGACUACGCUGCAGGACCUUGCAUUGAGCAAGAAUCAUCUAACGGGUCAAAUUCCAGCUUUGUUGAGUGGAUUAACUAGUUUAAGAACUCUGUAUCUCCAUAUUAAUCAACUUUCGGGUCCCAUUCCUCCUGAGUUGGGGAAGUUGACUACGCUGCAGGACCUUGUAUUAUGCAAGAAUCAUCUAACGGGUCAAAUUCCAGCUUUGUUGAGUGGAUUAACUAGUUUAAGAACUCUGUAUCUCCAUACUAAUCAACUUUCUGGUCCCAUUCCUCCUGAGUUGGGAAAGUUGACUAUGCUGCAGGACCUUGCAUUGAGCAAGAAUCAUCUCACAGGUCAAAUUCCAGCUUUAUUGAGUAGAUUAACUAGUAUAAGAACUAUGCAUCUCUAUAAUAAUCAACUUUCUGGUCCCAUUCCUCCUGAGUUGGGAAAGUUGACAUCGCUCCAGGACUUUGGAAUUGAGCAAAAAUCAUCUCAUGGGUCAAAUUCCAGCUUCAUUGAGCAGAUUAACUUGUUUAAGAACUUUGUUUCUCCAUACUAA